AGUCCAAUUGUACAGUUCAGACACAAAGCCCACAUUCUAUCUUCUUUACCCUAUCUCCCUCACUGCUCAAAACCCUUUUUCCCUUUUUUUUUCAUUUUUUCUCUAAAAUUGAAACUGAUUCCCUCUGCAAAACCCCCCAAUGACUUGAAAAGUAUCGUGUUCGUCCCACCAUUUCUGAGUGUUGAGCGUCAGGCCUAAUAGAUUAUGCUAUGAAUAAUAGUCAGAACAUGGCUAAAGUUGAUCCUUAUGGCUGCUGGGAUGGAGCUAUUGAUGGAGACGAUGAGUUGGACAAUAUGCUUGGUAGCAUCCUCGACUUUCCAGAUUUUCCGAUGGAGGGUUUGGAGGGGGCCGAUUGGGAUGCGAGUAAGUCGCAGUAUCUAGGGCCUAUUCCGAUGGACGUGCUAAUGGGGCAGCCAACCAAAGUCGACACAGGGGCAACAGUUUUCAUGCAGCCUAUUCCCAUGGACGUGCAAAUGGGGCAGCCAGCGGUUGCUCAAACCAAAGUCGAGAUGGAGCCCCCGGUUUUCAUGCGUAAACCUGAUGCUCUUAUUGAUGCUACUCCCCAGGAAAAACAGCAUUCCUACUGGUUCAGUGAUGAUGCCUCUGCCUCGUGUAUUCGUCGACAGAACAAAUCCGUGGAGGUGCAAGAGACUGUCACGUUUCAAUCACAAAGCCCAGUAUCCGUGCUUGAAAGCAGCAUCUCCUCGUCGACUGGGAAGAGCUUGCUUAAGCCUCAUCCAGCCAAGCGAGCAAGAUCCAAACGGGCUAGACCAACGGGCAUGAGUCCAUGGCUCGUAAUAUCACCCGUUCUCCCCACCUCUUCCAGAAAGACUUGCAAUGCAAAGAAAACAAAGGAGAUGAGAAAGAAACCAACUCAUCCGCCAUUCGCCCCCAAGCAAAUGAUGGAAGACUCGUCUCAGUCAUCUGAUUAUUCACAGCCAGCAAAUGCAGCAGCUCAACAGCGUCCCAUCAAAAAGUGCACUCACUGUGAAAUAACGAAAACCCCGCAAUGGAGGGAGGGCCCAUUGGGGCCAAAGACGCUCUGCAAUGCAUGCGGUGUUCGUUACCGAUCCGGCCGCCUAUUCCCAGAGUACCGUCCAGCAGCGAGCCCGACAUUCGUGUCAACUCUGCACUCCAACUCCCACAAGAAGGUGAUAGAGAUGAGGAACAAAGGUAAGAAAAUGGAGCAGUCUCCACAGCUCGAAUUCAUCCCAGUGAGUAGCUAUCUGCUUGAUCCUAUUUGCUGAAACAGAGUGCUCUGUUUUAGUUAGGUAACCAAUUUAGUCAGUCCUAGCCUUUGUUUUAGUUCUCCUCCGGUUUUGAGGUUUGUUUUUCUUGCUGCGACUUGGGUAGAAUCUUGUAAAAAAUCGAGUCGAGUUGAGUCCAGCCUAGGUUAGGAUAAUUUUCACUGUAUUAGUGUCGUGAAGAAGCUGGUGGUAAGAAUAGAGAGUUUCAUUAUGUUAUGAUGAUACUAUUUGUCUUCUUUGAAAAGUUAAGCCAAUUUUCCUUAUUAA